AAUAUGAUACCACGAGAGGGCGCUAGAUAAUGCGCGGUUAAUGAUGAUGAGUGCAAAUGUGUACGGCCUGCAUUGUAACUUAUUUCUUCUCAUGCGUGACAGUUUCAACCAAUCAGAAUGGAGAAGCACUCUGAUAUCUACACCCAUCCGUUCCCAAAUCGACACUUGAAGUGGGACCAUAAGUUGAAUCUGAUUGGAGAGAAAGUCGUUGAUCCCACGAUUCACUGCUGCGAAAAAUGCGGCUUGCCCAUCCUGAGCUAUGGACGAAUGAUACCCUGCAAGCACGUCUUCUGCUUUGAUUGUGCCAAAGCCACAGACAAGAGCUGUUUGAGAUGUGGUGACAGCGUUCAGCGGAUCGAGCAAUCACCCCUGGGUGGAAUCUUCUUGUGCACCCACGGAGGCUCCAAGCACAGCCCCAGUGGAUGCCGACGGACUUACCUCUCCCAGCGAGACCUCCAAGCUCACAUCAAUCACCGUCACAACAGGCAUCCGUCAUCCGGCCAAUCAGCCGCCCAGCCCCCGAGCAGUGAUCAGCCUGGCCGGCACGAACGACCAAUCGGGGAGGACCCCCGCACGGCACGCUACACCACCGGCCCAGAAGCUUACAGCGGUCCGGUUACCCAGCAACACUUGCACGACCGCAUGCCUUAUGAGGCCGAGUCCACGGACAUCCCGGAUUCGCCCACAGCUCAUGGGGAGUACGGAAUGGAGCGGGUACAAGUGAGGAAGUCCAACCUCAUCACAGUACCCAUUCAGGAAGAGAAGACCUACAGUGGGCACGAGCAGGGACCCCCACCACCCCAGCCAACCCACCAGGGGCACCAGCUACCACCCCCUGCCGUGACUUACCAGGGUCAGCAACCCAUUCCCCAGCAUCAAGUCCCCCCUCCACCCCCUCCCCAGUCCCCCAUAUACCCAGUCCAGGGGGUACCACCUCCUAUGGUUCACCCGCCAGCCCCUAUGCAAUACUCGGGCGUGGCAGUCCGGCCCAUUAUGACAGCUACCCCAGUGGUGCACCAAGCACCUCCCCCAGCUCAACAAGCUGUUCCUUACUCGGCCGUCCACGUCCCUACCAUCCCCCCUACCGUGUCCAUCCCAGGACCUGUGCCCAUGUACAGCACCGCGUCCCAGCCACAUUACACCCCAUCCACCCCCGAGCCGAGCCCCUCGUUCCAGAGUCCCAGCGCACCACCCCCGACAUCGGUUCCAGGCUGGGCUCCCGGGGUGUCUAUGGCCCCACAGAGUAUGGGCCCCAUGCAACCCAUCAUACCGGGUCUCGCCCCACAGCCUGCAGGGGUUAGGCCCGAUAUAGGACCCCCUCCACCUCAUGGGCCGAUACCCGACCCUGUCCGCUACAGACCGCCAUACUACCAACAUCAAUAAAUCUGCUAUGGAUGGACAGUAGAUGACAUAAUGUAACCACUUACAAGAACUCUGAAUUGCGGACCUACUAGAUGCUCAAUUCUUGUUCAGACACGUAUGGAGCGAAUAUUAACACCCCUAGUAAUUUUCAGCUAAAUGUGCACAAUCUAAAGAGAGUUUUUACAUGAGUGCCUGAUAUACGGAAGGUAUAGUCUGCCUAACUCUCUAUGACUGUUGAGGGGGCACUUUUGACAGUGUUCAUUUUACCAUUGAACCUUCUAGCUCUUAAAAAAACACACAACCUCUGCAGGCAUGGGUUAUUUUAGCUGCAGGAUAGCAGCUCAACCAAUCUUCAUGUCUCUCUGUUAGUCAGUUAGUUAGUUAGGAACAAACAUUGAAAGCCAGUGACUUUUUGUAUAAAAAUUGCGUUCCCUGUGGUUUAUUUUCAUCCAGAAAAAAAAUAUAUUCCUUUUCUAAAUUGCUAUUUUUCUAGCAAUACAAAAGUUACCAACCUCAGAAAAAAAAGGCCCACGUUUAGUUAUUGAAUUAUUAAUUUACAAAUUUUGUAUUACCUUUGUAUUUCUUGCGGGUUAGGCUGGUUCUGUAAGGUCGGCAAGGGUUUUUUUUUCACUGAGAGGACACCAGAAAAAAAAAGAAGGGAAUAAAACAUUCAAAUUGAAAACUUUUUAGAAAAAAAUUAUUUUGUCGAAAGCAAUCAAAGGGCAUAAUGUUUCAGUCCUAGCAGCUUUCUUCUAAGACCAAUAUUUCAGAUAAAUGUAGAUCUCUGAAUUGGAACAUUUUUUGCUAGGAAAAACAAACUGUUUGGUUUUCUGCUCCAGGAUAUUGGAAUAAAAUAAAAGUCACAACAA